UUAAAAGGUCUGGAUCGUCUCCAAAUACUACCAUUUUUCCUAGAGCAGGGACCGGAGACUUUCCUGGAGUUUCUCGUCCGCUGCGUCUGCAAGAGUGCAAGUCCAGUUUUCAAGCUUCUCUCCUCUCUCUGAGACCCAUUUCUGGAUUAGAUUCUGCUGUAUUUUCCUAAAAAUGGCGCAAGAGAAGCCAACCAUCGCAAAAGACGUCACUGAAUUGAUUGGAAAAACUCCGUUGGUAUAUCUCAACCAUAUCGUAGAUGGAUGUGUUGCUCAAAUUGCUGCAAAGCUGGAAAUGAUGGAACCCUGCUCCAGUGUCAAAGACAGGAUAGGAUAUAGCAUGAUUGCAGAUGCUGAAGAGAAAGGACUCAUUACACCGGGUGAGAGUGUCCUGAUUGAGCCAACCAGCGGGAACACUGGCAUAGGUCUGGCAUUCAUGGCUGCAGCUAAGGGUUAUAAACUUAUUAUAACCAUGCCUUCUUCAAUGAGUCUAGAAAGAAGAACAAUUCUUCGAGCUUUUGGAGCUGAAUUAGUUCUCACAGAUCCAGCCAAGGGUAUGAAAGGAGCUGUUCAGAAGGCAGAAGAAAUACUGGCAAAGACUCCUAAUGCUUACAUGCUUCAGCAAUUUGAAAAUCCUGCCAACCCUAAGAUCCAUUAUGAGACUACUGGACCAGAGAUUUGGAAGGGCUCUGGGGGGAAAGUCGAUGCUCUUGUUUCUGGGAUAGGGACAGGUGGAACAGUAACAGGUGCUGGGAGAUAUUUGAAAGAGCAGAACCCUGAUAUUAAGCUAUAUGGCAUUGAACCAGUUGAAAGUCCUGUACUGUCUGGUGGGAAGCCUGGCCCUCAUAAGAUCCAAGGAAUUGGUGCUGGCUUCAUCCCUGGUGUUUUGGAUGUUGGUUUGCUGGACGAAGUUAUCCAAAUAUCAAGUGAAGAAGCUAUUGAAACCGCCAAGCUUCUUGCAUUGAAAGAAGGCUUGUUGGUGGGGAUAUCAUCAGGUGCUGCCGCUGCCGCUGCCUUGAAGAUUGCCAAGAGGCCAGAAAAUGCUGGAAAACUCAUUGUUGCUGUGUUCCCAAGUUUUGGAGAGCGUUAUCUAUCAUCUGUGCUCUUUGAAUCUGUGAAGCGAGAAGCAGAGAACAUGGCUGUUGAGCACUGAGCUCAAGAAAUACUUUUAUGACUCUUGCUGCUUGGAUAUGAAGAGCCCUACUCUUGGCUUGCAAGUUAUAAUUUUGGCCAUUGAAUUUGUGUUUCUUGAUGCUGGGAUUUGUAGGUCAACUCUUGAUUAUCAAGUAGUAGUUCGUCUUCUGGUCGUGUUUCUUGUCUGGUUGCUUGUAAAUUUGCUGCUGUUCAAUAAAUACCAACAGCACGUGGCUAUGAUUAAUCCAACUCGUAUAUGGCUAUUCAAUAA